AUGUGGUCCCAGUGCUUAUUUCUCUUUCUUAUCACCAUUUCGUUGAUAAAUGUAAAAAAUAUCUCUGGGCAAGAGAAAAUAACCCUAAGGACAAGACUUGGGAAUAUAUCUGGGAUACAGUUAAAGAAUUUUACUAUUGGAGGUGUGAGCAAAGGGAACUUAUACAGGUUUUCAAAUAUUCCAUUUGGAAAACCUCCAGUUGGACAACUCAGGUUUGCUAAACCACAACCAUUUGGGUCAUGGCAUGGAAUCCUUGACGCCACAAUCAAAGGUCCAGCUUGCUAUCAAAGCCCUUCCAAAAACUUCAACGGGACAUCUGAGGACUGUCUGCAGUUAAAUAUAUACGUUCCACACAGUCUUGCAUACACAAACAGCAAAAGUGUCAUGGUCUGGAUACAUGGAGGCGGAUACAUAGGGGGAUCUGGAACAACUGAUGAUGCAAGUAUGUUUGCAUUAACCGGAGAUGUGAUAGUGGUCACUGUUAAUUAUCGUUUGGGUAUUUUUGGAUUUAUUGCAUCAAGUGAUCCGGAUGCUAGAGGAAAUGCGGGUCUGUGGGACCAAAUGAUGGCUUUAGAUUGGAUAAGGUACAAUAUAAGAGAUUAUGGUGGAAACCCUGCAUCUGUUACAAUCUAUGGAGAAUCCGCUGGUGGAUAUAGUGUUUCUUUACUGUCUUUGAUUCCAAGAAAUAGAGGGCUUUUCCAGCGUGUUAUUGCUCAAAGUGGAGUCGCUAACUCAUACCGUGCGUUGUCUAAUUUUACUUUCAUAUCUACCACUAAAGUCGCAGAAAAGGUUGGUUGUUUGAAAAAUUUGUCAUCAACUAACGACCGCGCCAUGGUGCAAUGUUUACGACAAAUCGAUGCAAAAUUGUUGUUAGAGGCAACAAGAUCUUAUCGACGGGAAAUUGGACUGAAAACAUUAUCUUACCUCCCAUUUACUCCUGUUGUGGAUGGAGAACUAUUUCGAAAAGAACCUUCUCUGCUACUUAAAGAUAAAGCUUCUUCAGAAUUCAACUUCUUCCAGUCUCUGGAUAUGAUGAUUGGAAAUUGCAAUAAUGAAGGUUCUCUACAUUGCACAACAGGGCCUUCAGCUUCUUCAUUUUUAUACGGACGCUUUCUUUAUCGCGCCAGGGGUAUCCAUGCUAAGAGAUCAUUCACACAGCAUUCAGGGAUCAACAACGUAUCAGUAUAUCUUUUCCGAUGA